UUUAUUUUUGCCGAUAUUUGGGCUCUCGCUAACGUAAAACCCGGAACUAUAAUAUCCCAAACUUUCCCUUUCUGAACAAUUUUUCCCCCCCUUUUUUUUUGGGAUCUUUGGAUUUUUGAUUCGGACCUUGCUGUUCGCCGCCGGUGGACGCCGGCGAGCGUUCAAUUCGGUUCUUGAUUGCAUUUUGAUUCUGCUGUUUGUUUGGAGGUUUUGGCAGAGAAUCAGGGAGUGAGAGUUGAGUGAGAGAAUGCCUUGUUUGUUGUCAGUGUAACUGCAGAAAUUAAGCGCGAAGAGGCUCUGAUUGGCGAUAUUUUAGGGAUUUUGAUUGCUGUUGCUUUUGGUUGCCAUUGCUGUGAGAGUGUGAUUAAAGCGAAGAUUUCUUGAAACGGAAAAUUUUGAGGAAGAAAAGUGGGGAAUUCGUCGUUGACAGACGAACAGUGCGGCUGAUUUCAGUUCGAUUUUCGGUGGAUAAGCUUCUGAGGAGCCUAAGAGAGUAAAAAAGGCAAAGUUGAAGGAAAAUGUUUACAUGCAUAGCAUGUACGAAACAGACAGACGACGGGGGUGAGGAUGGGGCUGCGCGUGGUAGUGGCACGCCUAGUACAAAGGAAGCCGUCAAAAGCCUGACAACACAGAUUAAGGACAUGGCGUUGAAAUUCUCCGGUGCUUACAGACAGUGCAAACCCUGCACAGGCUCCAGUAGCUAUAAGAAAGGACAGCGACCUUACCCAGAUUUUGACACUGCUUCAGAAGGGGUUCCAUACCCCUACAUAGGAGGGGCAAGUGCAAGCUCAACCCCUGCCUGGGACUUCCCUCGUGUUAAUCGCCACCCACAUACCAGAUCUGACUCUAGAUUUAAAGGGGUCUUCCGAGGAGAUCAGACUCCUGGAGCCGAUUCCUCCAUAUCAGCAUGUGAUGUGGUGCUCGAGGAUGAGGAUGAGUCGAAAGAGUGGAUGGCACAGGUGGAGCCUGGUGUUCACAUCACUUUUGUGUCCCUACCCAAUGGAGGCAAUGAUUUAAAACGAAUUCGUUUCAAUCGAGAAAUGUUUAACAAAUGGCAAGCUCAGCGUUGGUGGGGCGAGAACUAUGACAGAAUAACGGAGCUCUAUAAUGUCCAGAGAUUCAACCAGCAAGCUCUUCAUACGCCACCAAGAACUGAGGACGGGAGGGAUUCUUCUUACUCAAAGAUGGGAAGGGAUAGUCCGAUGACUUCAGGGAACAAAGAUUGGACGCCAAGAAACUACAAACCUUCUGGGAGUAAAGGAUUUCCAUCUGACCAGCAUUUUGACCAAGGAAGCAGCCACCAUUAUGCAGGUUCAAGUGCCUAUCCAGCAGGUAGCGCGAAAGGCGACAUGUCGUCUAUGGAAGCAUCACGCACAACUACCUCUUCUAGAGACGAACCUUCAAUUUCCAUUAGCAAUGCAAGCGACAUCGAGGCGGAGUGGGUCGAGGAAGAUGAUCCCGGGGUCUAUAUAACUAUCAGGCAGCUUGUUGAUGGCACUAGAGAGCUUCGUCGUGUCAGAUUCAGCCGUGAAAAGUUCGGGGAAAUGAACGCGAAGCAAUGGUGGGAUGAGAACAGGGAGAGGAUCCAAGCUCAAUACCUUUAACUUAAUUAUUCAUGUUCCAAAAAUUUUGUCUUUAGAAUGUAAUAUUCAACAAAAAGCCAUCAGCUGGAUAUAGAGUUCUUUUGCUAAGGAAAUUUACUCACCACCAGCAGCAACAUAUACAAAACCAAGUUUCUGAUUUUCCUAUCAGAAUUCUGCAAGCCA